AUGCCCCGAGGAAAGAAGAGUAAGGCACGUGCUCGUGAGAGACGUGACCAAAACAGAGUCCAGCACCAGAAGCUCAAAGGUGCUCAGGUCAGAGCAGCAAAAGAAGGAGUGUUACCCUCUUCCUCUGCACAUGCUUCUGCAGAUGCUUUUCCCAGCAUAUUUGCUGCUGGCUUCCCCCACACAUCUCAGUCACCUGUACCUCCUGCGGAUGCUGGUACAGGCCUUACCAUCAGAAGUUCUGGCAAAGGGAUCAAGGGCCAAGUCACUUCUAGGGUCAGAGCAGCUGGGACUCUCUCCUCUCGUGAGACCCCAAUGAAUGAUCUCUUAAAGAGCAAGACAGAAAUGCUGAUGCAUUACAUGCUCAGCAAGUACAAAAUUAAGCAGCCUAUGAGGAGGGGAGAAAUGGUGAGAGUUAUCAACUACAGGCUCAAGGAAAAAUUCCCUGAGAUCCUCAAAAGAGCCUGCCAUCAGUUGUAUUUUGCUUUUGGCCUUGAGCUGAAAGAAGUGGAGCCUACUGGAAAAUACUUCAAGCUUGUCAGCAAGCUACAUUUGGACGUUAAUGGGAGCAACAGCCUCCAGCUGUGUGUCCCCACCAUGGGGAUUCUGAUUCCUCUCCUGAGUGUCAUCUACAUAAAUGGCUACUGCGCCUCUGAGGGGAAAAUCUGGCACUACCUGAAUCAGAUAGGUGUCUACGAUAGAACCCCACACAUUAUCUUUGGGGAUGCCAGGAAGCUCAUCACCCAAGUGCUAGUUCAGGAAAAGUACCUGGAGUACCGCCAGGUCUCUGACAGUGAUCCUCCCCUCUAUGAGUUCUUGUGGGGUCAGAGAGCCUAUUCUGAAAACUGCAAGGAGGAAGUCCUGGACUUUCUGAUCAAGUACCACGAGGCUCUCAUCGAGGACGAUGAAUUCCCUUAUCCAGGUAUCUCCUGGGAGGAGGACAACAAAGUUCAAGCUGAGAAUGCAGCCAAGGAUGGCACAAGAUGCAAGGCCAAGGAACAGACUAAGGACAAGCCUUGGUGCCCUAAGCUCACGUGA